AUGAGCCCGACCAAGGUAUCUGCGGCGCACGCGGAGCACGAGGAGCGGGCGGCGCGGGCGGCGGCGGAGGCGGAGGCGCAGGAGGCGGGCGGCGCGCGCCCUGUCGCCGCUCCGCCGCCGCCGCGUCGUCCGGGCGGCGGCGGGCGCUCGGGCUGCGGCGGGGCGUGCGGCGCGCGCUGUGGCUGCCCCCGCGCCACGCGCGCUCGCCGAUGGUGGCGUGGCGGCGGCCGCGCGCUGCUGCUCUUCUGCUGCACGUGGGCUGGGCGCGCAGGCGGCCGCGGCGGCCGGGGCCCGCGACCGCGCCAACGCCAGCGCCGCCGACGCCACCGAGCGCAUGAUCCUGCUGUGACGCGCUGCACACUCCACACGCUCUUGUUGAAGAUAUUCGCUGAGCUUGGGCUGGCCGCGCGGGCAGUGGCGUUGGGGAGGGGAGGGGAUGGGCGGCGGGCGCGCGGCCGGGCGGGAUAUCGUUCUGAAUCCGAGGACUGCCAGCUCUUUGGCGCCGGUCCAGCAGCGCGCGCCGACGCCAGGCAGACAGCGCGGCGAGCCCCUGACUUGUCAUCGCCCGAAACUUAUGGAAAAAUUCGCUUAGAAAAGCAUAAAGUGAAGGAGCACGACAGUUUCUGA